GACGUUCGUUGUAACUCCAGUUCUUCGAGAAAAGACGCCAUUUAAAAGAGUCAUCAAAAAAUUAUUUUAAAGUCAAUUUUCAUCACAGUCGGAAAAAAAUAUUUUUCAAUUCAUUUUCCAAAGGCUCACUGAGCCAAAAAAUUCCCUUUUAGAAGAAUAAAAAUUUUUUUAAAAAUAUAUAAACAAAAAUGUUUAAAGUGAUUUUUGUAACUUUAUUAGCCAUUGCCAUUGCACAGGGAGCUUUUAAUUGUCCAAAGGACGAUGGUCAAUUUGAGGAUUCGAGGCAAUGUGAUAAAUACUAUGAAUGUACUGAUGGUGUUGCAAAGGAAAAAUAUUGUCCCGAUGGUCUUGUAUUCGAUCCGUUGAAUAGAAAAAUUAACAAAUGUGAUCACGUUUUCAAUGUUGACUGUGGCGAUCGACUUGAACUACAACCACCGCAACCGACAAAAAAUUGUCAGAGACGUAAUGGAUUUUUCGCUCAUCCCAAUCCAUCAGUUUGCAACGUUUUCUACAAUUGUAUCGAUGGAGAAUCAAUUUCGAUAACCUGCACCACUGGACUUCACUUUGAUGAAUACAGUGGAACCUGCGUUUGGCCCGAUAGUGCAGGACGCGAGGGCUGUGGUGCUGUGGACAAGAAGCUCGACGAUGGCUUCGAAUGUCCAAAAGAAAGUCCCCUCGAUACAAGGGGAAUGACAGUUGAUCAUCCUAAAUUUGCACAUCCAGAUGACUGUCAAAAAUUCUACGUUUGUCUAAAUGGCGUGACACCACGCGAACAAGGUUGUAGCGAUGGAACUGUUUAUAAUGAAGAAAUCCAAAGAUGCGAUGCACCAGAAAAUGUACAUGGAUGUGAGGACUGGUAUAAAGACGUUGGCAAAAAACCUUGAGGACAUUGUCAUGAGUGAACUGUCCCGCAUCGGGAUAUAUCUCCUCGUACUUUUAUUAUUUUUUUAUUUUUUUAUUAUUAUUAUUAUUAUAAUAAUUAGUAUUAUUUUAUUAUUAUUAUUAUUAUUAGUAUUAUAUUAUUAUUAUUAUUAUUAUUACUAUUAUUAUAAAUUAAUGUUAUUAUUGUCUAGCUUAAUUGUAAAAACGAAUUUUGAUUUGUAUAUUUUUUUCUAAAUAAAUUACUUUUAUAAUUUUAA